AUGCUAAAAAACUUCAAGUUGGGCAGAAAAGAAGGCGAUAGUAGAAGCCGUAUCACUUCAGCAGAUAUUUCUGCUCCUACUGCAGAAGGUGGUAAUGCAGUGAGACACAUGAAAACGGUACCCAUACGGUCUGCGUCGUCAGCUUCAACGUCUUCGGUGAAAACGUCAAAGGAAUUGUUUUCAACGGAAAAAGUCAUUAAAGCCAUUUACAACUAUCAGGCUCAAUCACCCAAAGAGCUUUCGUUUGUCAAGGGAGAAUUUUUCCAUGUAAUGGCUGAGGACAAGGAAUGGUACGAUGCCUCGAAUCCGACAGACGGACGACGUGGAAUGGUGCCCAAAAGUUAUUUCGAGAGUUUUGGUCGUCGUGGUUCGCAGUCUUCGAGACGGUCCUCAAGGCAAUCUUCCAGAGAUAGUACUGCUCAGGGCAAAAGUGGGUCUCUGUAUGCAAUUGUACUUUACGAUUUUCAUGCGGAAAAAUCGGACGAAUUAACCACAUAUGCGGGCGAAAAUCUGUUUGUGUGUGCACAUUUCAAUCACGAAUGGUUCAUUGCAAAGCCCAUUGGCCGUUUGGGAGGUCCAGGUUUAGUUCCAGUCGGUUUCGUGAGCGUAAUUGAUAUCAAUACGGGAUAUGCUACUGGAAACGACGUUGUCGAAGAUAUCAGGACUGUAAAUUUACCUUCUGUGCAAGAAUGGAAGGGUAACAUUGCCAAGUACAAAGCCAGCAACAUUUCGUUGAGCUCCCCUGAAAAUUUCCGACAACGACGCUCAAGUUCGCUUUCGCACGGAAUUUCGUCCGUCCCAGGCGGUGGCAUUCCGCCCCAUCUAAGUAUGCACCAAAGUCUGCCCUUCAUUGAUGCGUCUGUGGUGUCCUUCUCGUUAGAAGGCGAGAAGUAUUGGUACAAUGUGACGGUCCACUUUUUUGAUGGUAAACGUCGGACUUUGAAAAGGUAUUACGAAGACUUCUAUGACCUCCAAGUAAAACUUUUAGAUGCGUUCCCAGCAGAAGCUGGCAAGCUUCGAGACGGGAGAGGACAAUGGACCAAACGCAUUUUACCUUACAUUCCGGGACCCGUACCGUAUGUCACCGACAGCAUUACCAAAAAACGGAAAGACGAUUUAAACACUUACGUUAAGGAGUUAAUAGCUCUACCUGCACACAUUUCCCAGUGUGAGCUUGUGCGAUCUCUGUUUGCUCUUCGAAACAACGGCUUCGAUCGAGAAUUCGUUACGGAGCCCCCCUCAGGUGACAGAAUUUCAGAGCUCCAAGAACCUAGACUCGCAGGUGUAUCCAACAUGUCAUCCAAAGCUGAAGACGAGACCUUGACCGGAGAAGAUUUGAAAGUGUACGAAAUGAUGAACGGAUUAUCGCUUAAAAAUUCCAAUACCCACUCAAGACCACCCAGCACGUUACCACCGCAACACAAGCCCACCAAAACGAAAUUUUAUUACAAAGACGACAUUUUCGCACUACUUUUGGACGCAAAUAUUACGUUCGCAGACUUGCGCAGCAAAAUUGCACCACGUAUUGAGGCACCAAAUUUCAAACUUUACGUUAAAUUGAGCGACGGACUUGGCGAAGAGAUUAAGGACGAUUCUCAAGUAGCAGCCGUACUUGCAGGCCGGCUGAAAAUAAGCAUCUUGGACAGCGAGGAUGAGACCCACGCUCCAAAUUAA